AUGCUUAAAUACGUAACUAUCGCUUGUUUGCUUGCCGCGCUGUGCGCAGCCGCUCCCCAAAACCCACAAGAUGUCCAGAUCCUGCGGUUUGACAGUGACGUACAACCCGACGGAUACAGUUUCGCAUACGAAACAAGUGACGGAACAUCAAGACAAGAGGAAGGUAAAUUAGACAACCCGCAAUCUGAAAACGCAGCUCUCACAGUAACAGGCCAGUACUCGUACGUAGGCCCAGAUGGAAAACACUACACGGUGACCUUCACCGCCGGCCCCAACGGGUUCCAACCCAAAACUUCUAUAGGACAAUAG